AGCGUCGAAUAGCUCAUUUCAUAGUUUUCAUUGCAAGUUACAGGAUGGGGAAUCUUUUCGGCAAACCAAACGCGAAGAAAGCGAGCACGAGUCGCGUGACUGAGCAAGACAAAGUUGUACUCCAAAUGAAACAACAGAGAGAUAAAUUGAAGCAGUACAGGAGGCAGUUGGAGAACCGUCUUGAGAAGGAGCGCGGGGUGGCAGCUCGACUCGUUCGGGAAAACAAGAGGGAACGAGCUCUGAUAAUCCUCAGGAAGAAAAAACACAUGGAAAAGCUCAUUCAAAAUGUGGAGGGUCAUAUCGAGAAAAUUGAGAGCUUGACUCAGGACGUCGAGUGGGCUCAGGUGGAGGUUAACGUGGUCCAGAACCUCGAGAAGGGUAAUGAAGCCCUGAAGUCGUUAAACGCGCUGCUGAACAUCGAAGACAUCGAAAAGAUGCUGGAUGAAACCAAAGAGGCCGCAGAAAAACAGAAGGAAGUCAAUGAUUUGAUAGUUGGUUUCGCGGGAGAAAUAGAGGUCGACGAGGAUGAGCUCAUUUCCGAGCUCGAAGAACUCGUAGGUGAGAAAGAAACCCCGCCCGCCGAUACUGCCGAGACCGAGGACAUACGUUUGCCGGAGGUUCUGAAUGAUGAUGUCAGGACUUCUCCCGAAAGAGCGGCUGGAGAUCCAUCUGAAGCGGUGCCCCGAGCCAAGAAACAAAAAUCGGAUAAGACCGAAAAGCAGAUGGUCGAAGCCUAGUCACACGGAGCUGGAUCCAGUGAGAGCUCUCUGAUUAUUCGAGCCGAUUAUCGCGUAAGAUCCCAAUCCAGCCUCGGACUCCUCAAGGAAGGUCAUCGUCGUCUCCUUCCUGCAAUUCAUCGAGCCAGAAUGUGUCCUCAGGAACUCUAUGAGUCGUAAUCAUAUUCGCUCUAACUAAGAUCCCGCAUAAGAGGGUCUCUCACAUUGGUGCCCAUGAGACCGAAGGCUUCGUCAACGAUGGGUUCAUAGGAAACAACAGCUUCCACGUAUGCGGGGCACUUCAGGGCCUUGAGGCUCGAUAUUCCAUGUAAAUAAAAUAACAUCUUUAUCUU